AAAUACAGUAUAUGGAAAUGAACCUGGGAAUGUAACGUGUUUUCUUUUUCAGCAAACCUGUUUUAGAGUACAGUAUAUAAUAACCAAACAUGCCAGCAGACGUGUCACUUAAACAGCAGGACUUCGCACAACAUCAAAUUAAAAAUGGCAUCAUUCACCAUUGCAUUGACAUCAGAUGCAUUAUUCAGACUGGUGAAGGGAAAUGCAGUCUAUCCCACAGGAGCAGCUUUUCCAUUUGUAAAGGCCCUUACAAUGGUCAAUCAAAAAUUGAGUGAGCUGGACCAAGCCAUUGAAGAGCGGUUUAAAAUUGUGCUGAUAACUAAUAAUCUGGACAUGGAUCGUCUAAAAAAGAGCAUCCAAAACCACAAUCUGAACAUUGACCAGAUCUAUGCGAUUACUGCUGAAAAGUGUCUUUCUGAACAUCUUAAUGACCUCAAGCCUGUUCUCUACCUCUCCACCGACUCUAAGAAUGUGAAAGAAGCCAUCAAUGCAGGAUAUGGAGCAGCCACCAUGUCCCAAGGAGAUUAUGAUGAGCCUAGUGAUGAGAUGUUACGUGUAGCCUUUGAUGGUGAUGGAGUCCUGUUUUCAGAUGAAUCCGAGAUAGUCUUUAAACAGGAGGGCCUAGAGGCUUUCUUGCAAAAUGAGGAACGUUUAGAAAACACAGCUCUGCAAAUAGGUCCUCUAAGUGAGUUUGCAAAAGCAUUACUCGUCAUGCAAAAGAAAUUUCCAAAAAGCUGUCCAAUCCGUACCUACCUUGUAACAUCACGUGGCACAGGCAGUUGUGGAAUCAGAGGUCUAACGUCUCUGCGGAAGCGUGGAUUGGGCAUUAAUGAGGCAUUGCUUCUUGAUGGUUCUCAUAAAGGGCAAAUACUAAAGGCCAUCAAACCUCACAUCUUCUUUGAUGACCAGCAAAAACAUGUUAAUGGAGCUCUGGAAAAUCGUGUUGUUGGUGCUCAUGUACCUUUCGGAAUGCUAAAUAAUUAGGAAUUAAGCAUAAUCUCGUUUGUAAAGAGAUGUGAUGUGGCCUGUUCUGCUAAUGAUCCUAAUAACUGCUAAUAAUUUAUGAUGUGAUUUUUAACAAAGAAAGCUCAGUCUGGUGAUAUUAAAGGGUGGAUGUAAUUAGGACUGAUUUUAAUGUAUUGUUGAGCCAAUGAUUUUAAUGGUGAAAUUUUUUCAAUUGGUAAAAUAAAGACACACCACACACUGUAUACUCACUUUU